CUUGAUUUUCGCUUCCUGUCCAGCAGCUCCAGAUGGGGCAGAUCAAUGCGCGCAUUCCUGCUCAUUGUAACUGUAGCGGCAUGUGAUUUCAGCCCGUAAUGUCCGCGCGCUGGAUUGAGCACAAUGCAGUGAAUAUGGUGCCACUUGGAAACUCGGAGCUCUACGCACAAUCGGCUUUGCUAGUACUUUUUAAUCUAUUAAUACGGAGUGAAACCGCAGCUGCCUCGGCUGUUUUAUUGAGGUGACUACAGAGAUGAGGUCCUCAUCCUCGCGUUUAUCAAGUUUUUCCUCCAGGGAUUCUUUAUGGAGUCGGAUGCCGGAUCAGAUCUCCGUGUCCGAGUUUCUCUCGGAGACGACGGAGGAUUACAAUUCCCCCACGACAUCAAGCUUCACCACCCGCUUGCAGAGCUGUCGGAACACGGUCAAUGUUCUGGAAGAGGCUUUGGACCAGGACCGCACAGCUUUACAAAAGGUCAAGAAAUCCGUCAAAGCAAUCUACAACUCGGGUCAAGAUCAUGUGCAGAAUGAAGAGAAUUAUGGGCAGGCACUCGACAAGUUUGGCAGCAACUUCAUCAGCCGGGAUAACUCUGAUCUGGGAACAGCCUUCAUCAAGUUCUCUGGCCUUAUCAAGGAGCUGGCCGCUCUCCUCAAGAACCUGCUCCAGAGUCUCAGCCACAAUGUCAUCUUCACCCUGGACUCUCUGCUCAAAGGAGAUCUGAAGGGAGUGAAGGGGGAUCUUAAAAAGCCUUUCGACAAGGCCUGGAAAGACUAUGAGACCAAGUUCACGAAGAUUGAGAAGGAGAAGAGGGAACAUGCCAAGCAGCACGGCAUGAUCCGUACGGAGAUCACCGGCGCAGAGAUCGCAGAAGAGAUGGAGAAGGAGCGGAGGAUCUUUCAGCUGCAGAUGUGUGAGUACCUGAUCAAAGUGAAUGAGAUUAAGACCAAGAAAGGAGUGGAUCUCCUCCAGAAUCUCAUCAAGUAUUAUCAUGCACAGUGCAAUUUUUUCCAGGACGGCUUGAAAACCGCUGACAAGUUGAAGCAGUAUAUUGAGAAAUUAGCAGCUGAUCUCUAUAAUAUCAAACAGACCCAGGACGAAGAGAAAAAACAACUUACAGCUCUCAGAGACCUCAUCAAGUCGUCCUUACAACUGGACCAGAAAGAGGAUUCUCAGAGCAAGCAGAGCGGUUACAGUAUGCACCAGCUGCAGGGCAAUAAGGAGUUUGGCUGUGAGAAGAAGGGCUAUCUCUUCAAGAAGAGUGAUGGGAUCCGUAAGGUGUGGCAAAGGAGGAAGUGCUCAGUGAAAAAUGGCAUCCUCACCAUCUCCCAUGCCACAUCCAACAGGCAGCCGGUGAGACUGAAUCUGCUGACCUGUCAGGUUAAACCCAGCGGAGAGGAUAAGAAGUGCUUUGACCUCAUCUCCCAUAAUCGAACAUAUCACUUCCAGGCAGAGGAUGAACAGGAGUUUGUGAUAUGGAUUUCAGUGCUGACUAACAGUAAGGAGGAGGCUCUGAACAUGGCUUUCCGUGGGGAGCAGAGUGCUGGAGAUGACAGUUUGGAAGACUUGACCAAAGCCAUCAUCGAGGAUGUGCUGCGCAUGCCUGGAAAUGAAGUCUGCUGCGACUGUGGAGCACCAGAGCCUAAAUGGUUAUCCACUAACCUCGGCAUCCUGACAUGCAUCGAGUGUUCAGGGAUCCACAGGGAAAUGGGUGUCCAUAUUUCACGCAUCCAGUCCAUGGAACUAGACAAACUCGGCACCUCUGAACUCUUGCUGGCUAAGAAUGUGGGUAACAGUAGUUUUAAUGAAAUUUUAGAAGGGAAUCUGCCAAGCCCUUCACCAAAGCCAACACCAUCAAGUGACAUGACCGAGAGGAAGGAGUACAUAAACACAAAGUACGUGGAGCACAGGUUUGCUCGGCGGACAGCCACUACAGCCACAGCCAGACAGGGCGACUUGUACGAGGCCGUGAGAACUCGAGACCUGAUGGCUCUUAUUCAGCUCUAUGCAGAUGGAGUGGAGCUUAUGGAUCCAUUUCCAGAAGCAGGACGGGACCCGGGAGAGACAGCGCUGCACUUUGCUGUGCGGAUGUCAGACCAGACCUCGCUGCACCUGGUGGACUUUCUUGUCCAAAACAGUGGAACUCCAGACAGACAGACGGAGAGUGGAAACGCUGCUCUCCAUUACUGCUGCACAUAUGAGAAGUCAGAGUGUCUCAAACUGCUGCUCAGGGGAAAACCAUCUAUUGACCUGGUUAAUCAAAAUGGGGAGACAGCUUUGGACAUUGCCAGACGAAUGAAAAAUGCACCGUGUGAAGAGCUACUGAUGGAGGCAGCAGCUGGGAGGUUUAAUCCUCACGUGCAUGUGGAGUAUGAGUGGAAUCUGCGGCUGGAGGAGAUUGACGAGAGUGACGAUGACCUAGAUGACAAGCCCAGUCCGGUAAAGAAGGAGCGUUCUCCCCGACCUCAGAGCUUCUGUCAUUCCUCGAGCGUGUCCCCUCAGGAGAAGCUGUCUCUCCCUGGGUAUUUAGGACACAGGGACAAACAGAGACUCUCCUACGGAGCCUUUGCCAACCCUGUCUACAACACCUCCACCGAAACACCUGCAUCUCCGAUAUCAGAGGGGCCCGAUAUCAGAAUAGCCAGCAAGACCACUGGGAAAGCUCCGUCCUCUGGACCGCCCACCUCCCUGCCGCUGGGAUCGCAAUCGAGUGCAGGAGGCAGCUCCACUCUGUCUAAGAAGAGAGCGCCUCCUCCACCUCCCGGACACAAGCGCACCCACUCAGACCCCCCCAGCCCCGUACUGCAGGGCCCGCAGAGCAAAGGAAGUGAGUCUACACCUCCUUCUGCGAAUCGGACAUCCCCGGCCAAUAAGUUUGAGGGAAUUCAGCAGCAGCAAAGCACUACUUCUAUGAACACAAAAGCAGCAUUUGGCCCAAGAGUUCUUCCCAAACUACCUCAAAAAGUGGCACUACGAAAGAUUGACACAAUCCACCUCCCCUCAAUGGACAAGUCUGGUCCCGAUGUGCUGCAGAAACCCCCACAUGCCCAGGACACGCCUCCCACCAGAGCUUCAGAUACAAUAACCAGACCCACUGAGCCUCCACCUAAAAUCCCACAACCCGCAGAACGCUCCCAGCCCCUGGAGAUGCCACAGAAACCUCACAUCUCAGACCUUCCCCCUAAACCGCAACUGUCUGAUCUUCCCCCGAAACCACAAUUGUCGGAUUUACCCCCAAAACCUCAGCUUUCUGACCUGCCCCCGAAACCACAGCUUAAGGAUCUUCCCCCUAAGCCGCAGCUCUCUGACCUCCCAUCCAAGCCUACGAUGUCUCCAACAGCUGAGACCACACAGAGGCAAACGACACUGGAGGAAACCAGCCCGAAGCCCCAGCUGACGGAGGUGCAGUCAUCCAGUCAGCAGGAGGAGCUCUCUCCCAGACAGGCCAGUGAAGACACUAAUGGUGCGCCUGCAGGAGCUGUGGAGAUGCCUGUCCCGAUGCCACGGAAAAUAAACACAGUAGCAAAGAGCAAAAUAAGGCGCGUGAAAACCAUCUACGAUUGCCAAGCAGAUAAUGAUGAUGAGUUGACUUUUGUGGAGGGGGAGGUUAUAAUUGUUACAGGAGAGGAAGACCAGGAGUGGUGGAUUGGGCACAUAGAGGGGCAGCCUGAAAGGAAAGGGGCCUUCCCAAUGUCCUUUGUGCACAUUCUGUCAGACUGACAGUGUAUAAGCGGCGGCCGAGAGGCUUUCUAACUAGCACAAGCUCCGCUCUCUCUCAUUCUCUCUAGCCUCACACUGGACUGUGGGCAUUGCCUCUGUACAUAGCUGCUGAAACCCAAACGGUCUCCAAACAAACGUAACAUGAAGAAUCAAACCCAUGCUCCCUUAAUCCUCAAGGGGGAAAUGUGUAAACUAUGUGUUGUUCAUAAACUGUGUUAUCCUGCCUACCAGUAUUAUCGUAGCCAUGGCAGCCCAGCAUGCCAAACUGGGUUUGCAGUAGCUAUACAUGGAAAUCUAGCACUUAACAUGUAUGCUGUAACUUUGUGUAUGUGUACACAUAUAGAAAUUAUGUAAGUCCAUUUAAAGUGUGUCUUUGUACAUACAUAUGCACAGAUGUAAGUGUAUAUUUAUGUACGUAUGUAUAAUGUACAAGUGUGCAAAUGUAUGUUAACCCUGCUUGCUUAUGGAGCCAGAGUGACUCUAGACAUUUUAGUGUACUGUUUUAAAAGAAAAAAAGAUCAUCUCUUAAAUUUUUGGAUGGCAUAAGUGAUAAGUGAGAAUACAAUAACAUACCAGUGUUUAAAUUCCCAGCAUAGUGGCAUGCUGGUCAGGGAUCAAAACCAAAAUGUAAAGGUUUAAACAUCUCAUCUGCUAUACAUAGACGAUCAAAAUUGGCAUUCAUUACGUUUGCAUCACUCACAAAAAAAAAAGAA